UAGGCUCCGGAGGUUCCCAGAGUCCGGGAAGAUUUGCUGUUGGGAACCGGCCGGAAGCGGCUGUGGUGGACACCGGCCGGGGCUUCCGCCGUCCCGGAGCGCGAGGCCUGCGCGGGUCACGGCCUCCGCUGAGUCCCCGAGGCGCUGCGCGGCCUGCGGGCGGGAGGUCGGGGGUCCCCAGGUCCCCCUGGGUGCCUGGGCGGCGCCGGGAGGCCUCCCCGAGCGCCUGCGGCCCGUUGGCCCGCCAACUUGGGGGAGCCCCACUGCCUUAUGGGGGUGAUCGCCGAGUCACCCCAGAUUCUGAGGCGAUCCGAUCCAACAAAGGAUAGAAAUGGAGUGUGACACUCAAAAGUAACGUGUGCGGCGCCUGGGGCUUGAACUCGGUCCCUGGGCGCUGCCCCUGAGCCCUCUCAAGGCUGGUUGGUGCCCUACCACUUGAGCCACUGCUCCACUUAAUGCUUUCUGGUAGUUCAUUGGAGAUUAAAAAAGAAAAAAAGAGGCUUGUGGGCUUUACCCCCCCUCCUCACCGCCGUGCUGCCUUUGAACCUCGAUCCUCAGAUCUCAGUCUCCCGAGUAGCAUGGGAUUAGAGGCGUAAGCCCACCGGCACCCGGCAGGCUUAAGAAGUUGAGAAUGGAAAAACCCAGCAUUAAGGGGAACGCGGCCUGAGCAGUUAGGAAAAUGCCAGCUUCCCAGGCCUCCCCGAAUAUGGGAGAGGCUCACAGCAGUGGCUGAUCUCAGGGAAAGGAAAGGGCCCAUGACGAAGCAGAUUUUUGUAAAGGAUCUGCGCCCGUCGCCUGCCCAUGGAUUUAAUUAUAUGUAUGAGAGGCAACGCAUGUGCGCGUGAAAACCUAAGUAGGGGUUUGUGGUGCAAUGGCCUGGCUUCCGCCGCGCCGGUGCCUCAGCUUGGUUAGAACUGACCCGCAGUUUUUCUACCCCUAGGAAGAGACGUCCUAACAGAAAACUGAUCACUAAUUACCCCCAAGGAGGAGUGGCCGCGGAGGAAGAAUCCUUGCCUCCUCUCUCUGACAACCUAUUGGAUUUGUCCCAGGUGAGUUACUUACUACCUUGCAUGGUCACCAGCCUCCACAUGGACAAGAAUCGGUGACCUUCGAUGAUGUGUUUGUCAACUUCACCCUGGAGGAGUGGGCUCUGCUGGACCCCGCCCAGCAGCAGCUAUACAGAAGUGUGAUGGGCGAGACCUUCCGGAAUCUGGCCUCUGUUGGAAAAACACAAGAAGACCAAAAUAUGGAAGAUGAAUGCAAAAAUCCCCCCAUGGAUCUAAGAAAUGAAGUGGUGGAAGGGCUCUCUGAGCAUAAAGAAGUCAUUCCAUUUGAAGACAUAUUCGUCAGCACCUCUGAUGUGGGGGACACACCAACACCCGCUACAGUAGAUGCAGAUGCAGAUGCGAGCGAGGGCUGUGAGUACACAGAAGUCCUUGUGGACCCUUCAUCCAUGAGUGUGCCCUUUGCCAGUGCUGCCGGGCAGAAUCUGUACGAGCCUCCAGGCUAUGGCGAGGCCGCACAUGCAUACAAGGAGUAUGAGACUGCCUUCAGCCAGCCCAGUGGUGCCGUGGAGGUGUCGGAGAGGGCGCCUGCCGGGGAGAAGCCGUACAUGUGCAAGGAAUGCGGGAAGGGCUUCAGCUCGGCCAGCUACUUUAAAAUGCACGAGCGCAUCCACACAGGCGAGAACCUGUGCAUCUGUAAGCUGUGUGGGAAGGAUUUCCUGUCUCUGCGGGACGUGCAGCGGCAUGAGCAGACACACACAGGCGCCAAGCCGUUCGUGUGCAGGUACUGCGGGAAGGCCUUCAGCUCCUCCAGCUACAUCAAGAUCCAUGAGCGCACACACUUCGGGGAGAAGCCGUAUGUGUGCCAACAGUGCGGGAAGGGCUUUUUCUACCUGAAUCACUUGCAGAAGCAUGUGCAUGCUCACAGUGGUGAAAAGAGCUAUGUGUGCGAGCAGUGUGGGAAGGGCUUCAGCUCUCCUAUCUACCUCCAGAGACACGAGCGCAUCCACAUGGGUGUGCGGCCCUACGUGUGCAAGCACUGUGGCAAAACCUUCAGCCAGUCCACAUCGUGCAUUGCCCAUGAGCGCAUUCACACCGGAGAGAAGCCUUUUGAGUGUAAGCAGUGUGGGAAAGCUUUCUACUCACUGCGGGUAGUCAAGUCCCACGAGCGCACACACAGUGGCGUGAAGCCCUGCGCAUGCAAGCAGUGCGGGAAGGCAUUCUACUCGUGGAGCGAUGUGCGCAAGCAUGAGCGCACACACAGUGGGGAAAAGCCAUACGAGUGUAAGCAGUGUGGGAAGGCCUUUGCAUCAACGCGGGACGUGCAGAGGCACGAGCAGACGCACAGCGGCGACAAGCCCUUCGUGUGCAAGUACUGUGGCAAGUGCUUCAGCUCGUCUAGCUACAUCAAGGUGCACGAGCGCACACACACAGAGGAGAAGCCCUUUGUGUGCAAGCAGUGUGGCAUUGGCUUCUUCUAUGUGAGCCACCUGCGCCGCCACAUGCUCACACACAACGCCGAGAAAAGCUUCGUGUGCAAGCUGUGUGGGAAGGCCUUCAGUUCUAAGAGCUAUGUGAAGGUCCACGAGCGGAUCCACACGGGGGAGAAGCCAUUCGUAUGCAAGAUGUGCGGGAAGGGCUUCUUCUCCCUGAGCGAUGCCCAGCGGCAUGAGCGCACGCACACAGGGGAGCGGCCGUUCAUUUGCAACCAGUGUGGGAAGGCCUUCUCUGCGUGGAGCGACUUCCGCAAGCACGAGCAGACGCACACGGGCGAGAAGCCGUUUGUGUGUAAGCAGUGCGGGAAGGCCUUCAGCUCGGCCAGCUACAUCAAGGUGCAUAUUCGCAUCCACACGGGCGAGAAGCCCUUCUCCUGCAACCAGUGUGGCAAGGCCUUCUUCUCCCUUGGCGACCUGCGCCGCCAUGAGCGCACGCAUAGUGAGCACAAGCCCUGCGUGUGUUCCCAGUGUGGGAAAGACUUCUUCCACAAGAGCCACCUGCGCCGCCACGAGCGCACACACAAUACCGAGCAAUCUGGCCCAUGAGCCUUUGAGAACGUUCUCCUUCCGCUCCCAGGAAAGCUUGCACACGAUCUCCGGCUGGAGAGAGUAGUGUGUGUGAACACGCCAUGUGGGGAAGAUGAGCACUCUUCCACUCCCAGUAGAGAGAUGAGAUGUGGGAGAGCCCACUCUUGGUGUGACAAGUACUUGCAACCAUGAACUAAAUCACCGUGGGAAAGAGUUUUGUAAGAGAUGAGGCAAAGCCUCCUUCCUUCCAGUGAUGCUCAGACACAAGCGCAGAUUCUAGAAAGCCUGGGGUAUAGGUGGAAUCCACGUGCUGCCAGGUUAGAAGCUCAGCUCCAGCAGCUGGUGGUAGUCAAUCUAGAAACUUCUGUGGGUGUGUAGGUAUGGGUGUGCGGGUUUUGCCCUGGCCCUCGGUCCCUGUUUCAUUCUGUUUUUUUCUUUACGAGCUAUACCCCACUGUUAUGUCUCGCCUCACCGCGGGCCCCAAGUCAGUGGAGCCAUGGACCAUGGAGUGAAAUCUCAGACUAAAAUCUACCCAGACACAGGCUGAGCGCAGAGCUGCUGGGCCAACGUGGGCACUGCGCUAAGGUACUGUGUGGUUUCUUUUUAAACGUGAAAAAAAUAAAUGAGUUCCUUAAUCUUUCUUGUGUCAGGUCUUUUGUUAGAGCCACUGAGCCAUGCAUCACCCACGUUCUCUGCAGGGCGCUGCCUCCUCGUUCCUCAUGCGCAGUGAGCUAGUGUGAAGAACGUGUGCAAACGCUUCCAAGUC